AAGAUAAACCACCCUUACCCUUCUCCAAAACACACUAUAUCCACAAGCCCCUCCCUUUGUUCAAAUCCCCAUUUCUCAAUUGAGAGCAGAGAAAAGAAAAGAAAAGAAUUGUAAAAAUGGCUAGUAUUUCUGGUACCAUGAUUAGCACUUCUUUCCUGCCAAGAAAGCCAGUUGUGACUAGCCUCAAAGCCAUAUCAAAUGUUGGUGAAGCUCUUUUUGGUCUUAAAUCUGGUAGAAAUGGGAGGAUUACUUGCAUGGCCAGUUACAAAGUGAAGCUUAUUACACCAGAUGGACCUAUUGAAUUUGAAUGCCCAGAUGAUGUCUACAUUCUUGACCAAGCUGAGGAAGAAGGACAUGAUCUUCCUUACUCAUGCAGGGCUGGUUCUUGCUCAUCUUGUGCUGGAAAAGUUACUGCUGGAACUGUUGAUCAAUCUGAUGGAAACUUCCUUGAUGAUGACCAAGAAGCUGCAGGAUUUGUGCUCACUUGUGUUGCUUACCCAAAGUGUGAUGUUACCAUUGAGACUCACAAGGAGGAGGAGCUUACUGCUUAAACUUCAACCAUUUCCAUUUAAAUAAAAACAACACUUCAUUUUGUUUCAUGAGCAUUUACUUUUCAUAUGUAACUUCUUUUUUUCCCUCUUUUGUUAUCACAAAAGUUGCUAUCUAGCUCUUUUAAGUCAAUCAUUUGUUACAA